AUGGAAGCCGUUCGUUGCGUUGCCGCUCAACGUCUCUCUAGUUUCCCCUCGCAAGUUCUCUCCGCCAAGAUUCCGCGGCGCAUUUCUAAGGACAGCCCAACCGUCCUCCGAGUCUCGUGCGAUUCCUCCGCCGAAUCAACCCUAAGCCGAAGCGCGGCGAGGAAGAGCUCUGAGGCCGACACGUGGCAGGACGUGGAGCGCCGUUCGCCUUUCCUUGAGCGCGAGACCACGGGGUUCGUCAGCAACAGCGUGUAUCUCGCCGACUCAGCAACGCUUUUACCCGGAAGCCAUACGCCUCUAGUCGACGAAGACGGAUACAGCCACGAUUUCGCAGAGGACGAACGCUUGUCGCGGAUCGGCGAGAGCGUCGACGCGUGGGAGGACCGGAAAGUCGGCGAGUUUAUGACCCCGAACCCGUUGUGUUUCCGAAAAGAGACGUCGCUAUGCGCCGCGGCGAAGGCACUACUGCGGUAUCGUCUCACGGGAGCGCCCGUCGUGGAGCCGCUCGAAGGGGAUGCGGUGGGAAUGGGUCGGCUCGUUGGCGUGCUGUCGCAACGGGAUCUGCUCUGGAAGCAGCGGAAACCUUUUCCUUCUGAAGAGGACAAGAUUCACCGCCUCUCGUGCUACUACGGCAACCUGAACCACGGGCCCAUGGUGGACACGCUGAGACAUCAGAUCACGAAAAUAAUGAGCGAGAAGGUCGGGGAAUCAAUGACAGACACGCCCAUUUACGUCGAGGCGGACGCGCGGGUCUCAGACGCUGCGGAGUUGAUGCUCAAUCAUAAUAUUGCCCGUCUGCCAGUUGUUGCACCAGUUGGCGACGAGGAUGGACGGAUGACGGUGGUUGGAAUAAUCACGGAAAGCGACGCGCGUUUCCAUGAGGUGGAGCUGCCACACAGCAUGGGAGCGAAUUCUAGCCGAACGAUAACCAUGGCGAUCUCGAAAGCUGGUCUCCUCGUGCUCCUCGUGGCCGCCGCUACCCUCCUUCACGCCUCGGGACAGACGGAGCCGUUUCUGGUAACCAAGGCCCGUCAGACCCGUGCCGCAGCCAUCAACGCCACUGCCGAUUCCCAGAAAGCUGACGCGCUCGCAGCGCAGCGCGCCCAGGAGCUCCUUGCCGCGAACCAAACCCUCGCCGACGCCACCGCGACUUACAACGACGCGUUACCACUCGUGAACCGUCUCAAGACCGUCCUCGCGACGAAAAUCACGGCGAAGAACCAAACCGCUACAGCCAUCCCCGCUGCACAGGACAAGCUCGAUGCUGCCGUGGCGAUUCUGAACAAAACCACCGCGUCAGGCACGAGCCUCGCAGAUCUGAAAGCGGCCGUUGAAGACGCGAAGAAGCGCGUUAACAUGACGGCCGAGCAGGUUGACGGUCAGAAGGAAGAGCUCUUCGACGCGCAGUCGACCGCCUUGCAGGCAUCUAAGGAUGCUGCUAACUCUAGUCUGUCGGCCACGGAUGCUGCCGCUGCUCAAACCGCGGCGAACGACGCGAAUGCGGCGCUCACGCUCGCCCAGACGAUUUUGGACGACAUGAUCUCCCAGGCGAAUCGCGCGCAGCAGCUGCUGGCGAAGCGGCAGGAUGCCCUGGACAACCCUACCUCGACAGCUUCCGCGCUUGCGGCGCAGAAGGCGGCGGUUGAUGACGCGCAGGCGGCGCUGGAUGCGGCGGUGAAGGCGGACGCGGCAGCGGCUGCGGCGGUGGUUAAGGCGACGAACGACGUGAGCGACGCGAACGCGUCAAUUCCGAUCAAAUCCGCGGCGGUUUCGAACGCGAAGAUCGCGCAGAGCAAGGCUGUGACGCUGAAAGCGAGCGCGGACAGCGCUGCUGCGACGAUGAAGUCCAAGAUGACCACCGCUGUGGCUGCUGCUCAGUCCGCGGAGGCCGCUGCGAAGUCUGCUGGUUACACGUGGACGUGGUAA